AAGUUCACUGCAGGGGGAUAAGUUAUCGAGUGAACGUUAUUCCUCAAUUUAUAUAUAAAUUAUCAUUUUACUAUUGCGUACAUGGCUUCAGUUGAAGAAUUGGAUCAAUUGGAUCAAUUGGACAGCGGAAUGGGCAGCAGCGACGCGCGCUCUCCAGAAGUAAAGUCGAUCCUCCCGGACGAUGACGAUGAUGAAGAGGAUGAAAGCCUCGUUGAACGACUCGCUGGUCUCGCAGAGAUGUUCCCAGAAGACGUUCGUCGACUGGGAAGCACACUGGGCUCCAGUCUUUGCAGUUUCGUUAAAGGAUUAUACGGGUUCUCCUGUUCGGCGACUUGGUUGUUCUUCAGUUCGUCGGCGAUUCUGUUUGCGCCGAUAAUUUUUGAAGUGGAGAGAGCACAAAUGGAAGAAGUGCAGAGAACACAACAGAAACAAGUCUUGUUGGGGCCAAACUCUGCGGUUUCUAACAUGGGCUCACCUGGCCUUCCAAUGUCUCCACCUGUUCAACGAUAGGCUGCUGCAGAGUUUAUCGCAGCUCAAUUCAAUCUGGAUUGAGUUUUUCCACUCAAUCAAAAACACCAAGACAACUAACCAUCACUCUUAACCAUAUUACAAGUCGUGUGUAGAUCGAUUGCUACUUGGCCAUAAAAGAAAUACAUGGGAAAAAAAAAUACAAUAAAUACAUACAAAAAUCGCAUGUGCAUUCAAAACUCUGAAAUUUAUCGAAAUGAAUUCGUAUCAUCUGAUGGCAUUUAAGAAUAUAAUAUGUAGGUUUUUGCGAGCGUUGCACGCUCCAAAGAUUCGUUUCAAUAUUUGCAUAGAAAGUGUAGAUUCAUGGCUGUAGCCACGAACUGAAUUUAUUGCAUUUCAGGUGGCCGGAGGUACUUGUAUGCCAUUUUGACCUUCUUAGAUUAUGUUUUACCGUCACUCCUUUUUUAUAUGUUAACUAAUGUUUACAGAUAUCAAGAUUUGAGUUUGUAUACAAUGUGACGUCAUCAUCUUUCACAUAUCCUGAGUGAAAAUUAAAUUUCUUGUACAAAAACAUUUGUAACAAUAUAACGAAAAAUUUUUGCUGCUGUAAUCAAGGUAGUUCAUAGUUUGUAUCUAGUUACGUCUGUACAAUAUUGAUACUUUUUGUUUAGAUGUUAUCAAAACUAAAAUAAAAAGUUAGUGAAUUUAAA